AGGGAAGCCCCUGUCAAGGAGGUGGAGCGAGAGGGUGGUCUCCGCCUCCCGAUCCUCCCUGCCUUGAGCUAGCCGAGCCUGAGUCGGGACCAAACACGCCGCCCAAGACCCACACAAAGCCCUCCUGGCCCGGGCGGGCUGUGCGAGGCGGCGGAGCCGGCGAUGAAGAAGAAGCAGCAGCAGCAUCCCAGCAGCGGCGAGGAUCCCUGGCCCCAUGGGGCCCCUGUGGGGGGCGCCCCUCCUUGUCUGGGUGGCUGCAAGCGCCGGAUCCCGCUGCUGCCUUUCCUACGCUUCUCCCUCCGGGACUACGGUUUCUGUAUGGCCACCCUGCUGGUCUUCUGCCUAGGCUCCCUCUUCUACCAGCUCAGCGGGGGACCCCCUCGCUUCCUGCUCGACCUGCGACAGUAUUUGGGCAAUUCCACUUACUUGGAUGACCAUGGACCACCUCCUAGUAAGGUCCUUCCUUUCCCCAGCCAGGUGGUGUACAACAGAGUUGGCAAGUGUGGGAGUCGCACCGUGGUCUUGCUUCUGAGAAUCUUGUCAGAGAAGCACGGGUUCAAUUUGGUCACGUCAGACAUUCACAACAAAACCAGGCUUACUAAAAAUGAGCAAAUGGAACUGAUUAAGAAUAUCAGCACCGCCGAACAGCCCUAUUUAUUCACGAGACAUGUUCACUUCCUCAACUUCUCAAGGUUUGGAGGAGACCAGCCUGUCUACAUCAACAUCAUUAGAGACCCCGUCAGUAGGUUUCUAUCUAACUAUUUUUUCCGUCGCUUUGGAGACUGGAGAGGGGAACAGAAUCACAUGAUCCGCACCCCUAGCAUGAGGCAGGAGGAGCGCUACCUGGACAUCAAUGAGUGCAUUCUGGAAAACUACCCUGAGUGUUCCAACCCCAGGUUGUUUUACAUCAUUCCGUAUUUCUGUGGACAGCACCCCAGAUGUAGGGAGCCUGGCGAGUGGGCACUGGAGCGUGCCAAACUGAACGUGAAUGAAAACUUCCUGCUCGUGGGGAUUCUGGAGGAGCUGGAGGAUGUGCUGCUUUUACUGGAAAGAUUUUUACCUCAUUACUUCAAGGGCGUGCUCAGCAUCUACAAGGACCCAGAGCAUAGGAAACUUGGCAACAUGACUGUGACCGUGAAGAAAACUGUCCCCUCUCCGGAGGCUGUGCAGAUUCUCUACCAGCGAAUGAGAUACGAGUACGAGUUCUACCACUACGUCAAAGAGCAGUUCCACCUACUGAAGCGCAAGCUCGGACUGAAGUCUCGAACCAGCAGACCUCCUCUGCGACCACAGUUCUUCAUUCCCACCCCUCUGGAGACCGACGAGCCUAUAGACGAUGAGGAACAAGAUGAUGAAAAGUGGCUAGAAGACAUUUAUAAGAGGUGAUACCAGCGCAACAUUGCCACCGUGGCUGUAUUUCCCCCCUUUCCAGAAAGUUUUUUGAAGAAGAAAAAUUGUGAAGGGACUUUGGUUAAUGCCCGGGUGCAUUAAAAAGACCAAAACAUUCCCACAUGUUGGGGUCAUUGGGAGCUGCCCGGUUUUGCGGGUUUUAUUUGUUUAAUUUUAUUCUGUGUUUUUUUUUUUUCCCUUGCCUCCUUGAGUCUUUCCCAGAUACACUAGAUUGCUCCACCACAAGGCACCUCUUCAUAUAACAGCUUUCCCAAUCUCCUACCCACCCCCUACAGUGAGAGAAGAGGGAGAAAUAUGCCCUCCAACCCAGUCAUUUUACCAUUUGUAAGAUGUCUCCCAAAAUAUUACUUCUGUGGUAACGAUAUUCAGAUUUGUGUCUUACUGCAGAAACAAACAUUUCGGAGUGGCAGGGGUCUAGAAGCAUCUGGGAGUAGAAGGGGCACUGAAAAGGAACAUGAGGGAGGGCCCCCUGGUUAUUGAGUUUCUGCCCACAUGGAUAGGAGGCUGCCUCUGGUCUAUCUCAGGCGACACUGUCACCAAGAACAGAGUAGUUAUCACUGAGAAAACAAAAUAGCUCUGGCACCCACAUUCCCAACCAAUCAGAGCUUGGGAAACUUGUCAAGAUCAAAGCGCAUGCAUGGUAAGUGCCAUUGAGACAUUCCAUCUUCAAGUGCCAUUCUGCUUGGAAGGAGCUUAGCGAGGGAUAGCAUUUGCUUGUUAUGUCAAGUGUUGGCAGGACAGAUCAAAUAUGAGGGCCAUGUGGCAUCAGGAAAACGCUGUGGCUGUCUGAAGCCUCUCUGCCCCCUGGAUUGUCACAAGUGGAAGUGCCACCUUUGGCCUUGAUAUCUAUGUCAGGAAUCCUAAGCUUGACUAUACACCAGGCACAAUCCCUCAAGCAUACUCAUAGCCAAAUUGUGCUUCACAGAAUUUGGUAUCUUUUGUAACUUCUAGACCUUCACGAGCUGCUGUAUCUAGUAACACAGGGCCCUGAGUCCUGGGCAAAGAUCAGUAGAAUCAUUUAUGGAAACUCCGUGCUCCCGAUAAUCUUCCCCAGGGGCAUCAAUGCCAGAAACAGCAAGACUUCUGGACAGGACACUGCUUGGCCCACUUUUGAGUAGGUUGGUGCCCCUUUGUGACCUGAGUAGACACUGGGCAAUGCUUUUGCACCAAAAUAUGCCGUCCACUUCUUUCCUCUGGCCAACUCCACACACCACCCAUGAUGCUUCUGUUCCUUUAAUUUCUGGAUUGUGUCUAUCUUAAAAAAGUCCUGAAAAAAUCAUAUUCUCCCUGGUGGAUACUGUACAACUAGCUGAGAGGCCAGAGUGCAGCAGGAAGAACAUUGGUGACAACUUGUGUCUGCCUCAGGUUUGCCCCUUGAAGAACACUAGCCAAGCAAGUUAGCUUAAAGUAAACAGGACUCUGACAGGACAAAAGGUACAUGCUUUUCUUCUCUCUAGAAGUUUUUCCUUCCUUCACAAGAACUGGACACUAUCUAAAGCCUAAAGCCAGUCAUUUGAAAACCGUCCAGUGCAUACUGAAGCUACUUCAUCAUGAAAUGCAUUAAGAAGGCUCCAGCCCAUGGGCUUCCUGGGAAGGCAGAAAUCACAGAGAUUUAAGCCCAGCACUGGCCACUCAUGAGCCCCUUUCUGCCUCAGGGAACUGGGACGGGAAGUGAAUAAGAGAACUGCUCACAGAGAGGGGUGGAAAUAGCCUUUGUGCUGUUCUGAGAGACCUGAGUCUUUCUGUUAACCAAACUUUGAAGAGCAACCUAGAGCACAGCUACCAUUCUCCAAAUAGAAGAGCCGCAGUGAGGAACUUUGCAAGUCAUCUCCAUGGCAACUUUGUAAGUCAUCUCCAUGACAGCACAUAUAGAGAGUGAUGGUUAGCUUACAUGCUGUUCAACCUCACAAUCUGAAGCUGUAUUGGCUUGUUUUUCCUGUCUUGUUAAGACACCAGGACAGCCGGUCACUCAUAAAGCUCCCCGUCUUUCUAAAAGUUUACACAGCACUUGCUGUGUGCUCAACAGCAUGGUCACUGUCACUUCACAGGAGAGGGGGCUAAUAUUACUUGCAGGACCCUGGUGGUAUCUUGUCCCAGCACAUAGCCCCUAGAUCCCAAAAGUCAAGGUACUUAACUUCAUCAGCUCACACGGGCCCUGGCCCAACAUAGUUUGUACUUCAUGAAAUAUAUUGUACAUUUUACAUAGUUUAAUUUAAAAAGAAAAUACAUUUUAAGCUAGUUGGUCUUUGCCUUAUUUAUUAUAACCUUUCAGCACAUUCCAAGGUUUUAGUUACUCAGGAAGGAGUUAAUUAAAAUGAUUUUAUUUUGGUCAGAUUGAUGUUUUUUAAAAGGAAAAUUAUUCUUAUGAACCCUCAGCUGACUUCCUUGAAUGCUGUAAAAAGUGCUUGUGAAUCUUUUUUCUAAGAAUUAAAAAAUGGUGUUAGACAUUGAUGGGAAUUCAAAAAUAUAUAUGGGACUAAAACCUUAGCUUAGAUAAAAUAAUGAAAGUGAUCUGUGUUUGAGGUGAAGUGUUCCUUAACUUAUUCAUUACCCAUAGAAAUAAAUGAAUAUAAAUAAGCUGACUUUUUUCUGUUAUUUUGACAGCUGGAAAUUAAAGACUUCCCUCUUUCCCCAA